AUGAGCCGUAAUAUAUUUCGAAUUUUCAAUCCUGCAGAAAAAGAGCUUGCUCAGGCCAGGGCAAGUGAAAAUAAGCUCGGAAUUCGAUGCGACCAACUUUCUGCCACCGUUGAAACACUCACCGAGUGGCUGGCUCAAUGUGGAGUCGCAAUACCGCCCGGUAUUAUGGAGAAUAAUGCCGAGGACGAAACUAUAGCAAAAUACCGAAACGCAAAAGACGCAACAGUCCAGGACUUUACGUAUCUGUCACCGACAACAGAUACGGACAUGUCCAGCCCGGGGCAUGCGCGUGGCAAAGUUAUUGCCAGUCCAAUAAACGGACCGUCGACAGUUUGUUCAGCAUCUUCUACCCCGAACAUUACCAGCGUGGACAAAUCGACAACCCCAGACCCGCAUUCAUUUACUCAGAAAAAUCAUCUUCCAAAGAGACUGGGGCCUGAUAUCGAUCAAGGUCUGAUUGAAUCCAACGUCUUCUGUAAGAGGAUGUGCGACCUUGAUCCGAUCGUGGUCGGCAUGGAAUUCGUUCUAGCAAUCGAAAGGCCUUGUCUGGAACAUCUCCAUGGCGAUCCAAACAAUCCUAGCGAGCCUACCGGCCACGCUCUCACCGCAUCAGCGCAGCUGAUAUUCUCGUGUCAUUACCCACAACAUUCAACUUUGCCCGUUCUUCCUUCCUUUGAAAAUGCUCCGUCUUGCUUGCUCCAACGGUUGCUGGAGCUUUCAACCGAUUUGUGCUCCGACGGAGAGCUCACACCGACGCAAGCUUGGAACCUCAUUCGAAAUAGACCACAAUUCGGCGCAAUCGAAGUACAAAGACUCCAUAAACUGGCUGAAAAGCUAAGAGCAGCGGUACUACCUGAGUUACUGAGGAGCCCGCUGUUCCUGGACCUCUGGGCCUCGGGCUACCAGGUGCGCCCCAACGGCUUUGCGGGCAGUCGGUCCGGCUUCAUCGACCCGAAGCCCAGCAAGCCGGGGUCGCUCCUCGACGCGUCUGGCAAGUACUUUCACCGCGAGAAGCCCCAGUACCCCGGGACCAGGCCCCUCGUGGCCACGGAUCUCGGUGUGUUCAACGACGGGACGGGAGACCAGACGGCCGCCAUCAACAGGCUUCUCGCGAACAAUGUCGGCUCCAUCAUCUUCUUCCCCGCCGGUGUCUACAUCGUCAGGGGUACCGUUGAGAUCCCUCCCGGCUCCAGGAUCGUCGGGUCCAGUUGGAGCACCGUCAUGGGUGCCGGAUCGUAUUUCGGGGACGAAAAGGAUCCCAAGGUCAUGAUUCGGGUUGGCAAGCCCGGCGACCGGGGAAGCAUGGAGAUAUCCGACAUGUUUUUCACCGUCAGAGGCAACACUGCGGGGUGCAUCCUCAUGGAGUGGAACAUCCACGAGUCGGGCCAGGGGUCGGCGGCCAUGUGGGAUAGCCAUUUCCGAGUGGGCGGGAACGCCGGGUCAGACCUCCUCCUGGACGACUGCCCCGCAAGGUCGGAGAGGGUCGACAGGGGAUGUAUGGCUGCCGCAAAGCUGCUUCACCUGGCUGCCCAGUCCUCGGCCUAUUUCGACAACGUGUGGGUGUGGGUCGCGGACCACGACCUUGACGAUCCCGCCAACGCCAAUGCGCACGUGGGCGAGGGCGGGAUUCCGCAGAACAGCAUGGUCGAGAUCUCCGUCUAUGCUGGCCGCGGCGUCCUGAUCGAGUCGCAGGGUCCGACUUGGAUAUGGGGAUGCGGCAGCGAGCACGCGCAGCUGUAUCAGUGGCAGGUUGAAAGGGCUAAAGACCUCAUCAUGGGGCACGUCCAGACGGAAACGCCGUACUACCAGUCGAGCCCCAACGCGCUCAACCCGUACACCGCCGGGGCGUGGGAGGGAGACCCAGAGUUUCAAGACUGCGGCGACGACAAGCUGUGCCUCAAGGCAUGGGCCCUGCGGGUGGUCAACUCGACAGACAUCUUCCCGUACGGGCUGGGGUUCUACUCCUUCUUUGACGACUUCGAGCUCGGGUGUGCCCCGAGGGAGCGGUGCCAGCAGUCGCUGAUUGAGACAGCGAGGGCCGGCAGGGUGUGGCUGUACAACAUCUUCACGAAGGGCAACGCCGAGAUAGUGUCACCGCAGGGAAACCUACAGCCGUUGUGGUUCAACGACACAACGAGGAACGGCUACACCAGCAACGUGGCUGCCUGGCUGCCCCUGGCACUGCGAGACGGUUCAGGCUCUGGCGAAGACGGCGGCGGCGGCGGCGAUGACGAGGAUGGCGAAGAAGGCCCAGUCGUCUACAUUGACCCGACGAUCUGGUCGACAUCGUCUGGUGGUGGUGGCGGCGGCGGCGGUGGCGGCAGCACCAGUACUCGGACGAUCCAAUGCAGCAACCCUUGCAUGUACGUCCUCCCUCCGUGGCAGCUGGACCGGCCGACAACGAUCAAGCUGCCCAGGGUCGAGACGACCCUCGAGGUCGGAUGGUUCGAGACGGAGCGCUAUACCGGCGACAACGGGGCGACCAGCACGACGCGGGUCU